AUGAUCCGCAGGGAUAACACAGGUCCUGUUUGCUGCCUGAAGUUUGUGACUCUCCUGGUUGCCCUAAAUCCAGAACUUCUACUCCUGGGAGAGGGAGUACAGCUUCAAGACAAUGGGUAUGAUGGAUUACUCGUUGCAGUCAACCCACAUGUAUCUGAGGAUCAGAACCUCAUUCCGAAUAUUAAGGAAAUGAUAACUGAAGCUUCUUUUUACCUAUUUAAUGCUACCAAGAGGAGAGUGUUUUUCAGAAAUGUAAAGAUUUUAAUACCUGCCACAUGGAAAGCUAAUAAUUACAGCAAAGUAAAACAAGAAUCGUAUGAAAAGGCAAAUGUCAUAGUGGCUGACUGGUAUGGGGCACAUGGAGAUGAUCCAUACACCCUACAGUAUAGAGGGUGUGGAAAAGAGGGGAAGUACAUUCAUUUCACACCUAACUUCCUACUAAAUGGUAACUUAACAGCUGGCUAUGGAUCACGAGGCAGAGUGUUUGUCCACGAAUGGGCCCAUCUCCGCUGGGGUGUAUUUGAUGAAUACAACAACGAGAAACCUUUCUACAUAAAUGGGCAAAAUCAGAUUAAAGUAACAAGGUGUUCAUCUGACAUCACAGGCAUUUUUGUGUGUGAGAAAGGCCCUUGCCCCCAAGACAACUGUAUUAUUAGUAAGCUUUUCAAAGAAGGAUGCAUGUUUUUAUACAAUAGUACUCAAAAUGCAACUUCAUCAAUAAUGUUCAUGCAAAGUUUAUCUUCUGUGGUUGAAUUCUGCAAUGCAAGUACUCACAACCAAGAAGCUCCAAACCUACAAAACCAAAUGUGCAGCCUCAGAAGUGCAUGGGAUAUAAUCUCAGACUCCACUGACUUUAAUCACAGCUUUCCCAUGUAUGGGACUGAGCUUCCACCUCCUCCCACCUUCUCCCUUGUACAGGCUGGCGACAAAGUGGUCUGUUUAGUGCUGGAUGUGUCCAGAAAGAUGGCAGAGGCUGACAGAUUCCUUCGACUGCAACAAGCAGCAGAAUUUUACUUGAUGCAGAUUGUUGAAAUUCAUACUUUUAUGGGCAUUGCCAGUUUCAACAGCAAAGGAGAGAUUAGAGCCCAGCUACACCAAAUUAACAGUGAUGUUGAUCGAAAGCUGCUGGUUUCAUAUCUGCCAACCACUGUGUCAGCUGAAGCAGAAGCUAGUGUCUGUUCAGGGCUUAAGAAGGGAUUUGAGGUGGUUGAAAAACUGAAUGGAAAAGCAUACGGCUCUAUGAUGAUAUUAGUAACCGCUGGAAAUGAUGAGCAUAUCGACAAUUGCCUCCUCACUGUGCUCAGCAGUGGUUCAACCAUUCAUUCCAUUGCCCUGGGCUCAUCUGUGGUUGAAAGUCUGGAGGAAUUAUCACAUCUUACAGGAGGUUUAAAGUUCUUCGUUCCAGAUAAAUCAAACACCAAUAACAUGAUUGAUGCUUUCAGUAGAAUUUCCUCUGGAACUGGAGACAUUUUUCAGCAGCGUGUCCAGCUUGAAAGUACCAAAGAAAUGGUUAAACCUCACCAUCAGUUGAAAAAUACUGUGACUGUGGAUAGCAGUGUGGGCAAUGACACUAUCUUCCUAGUCACCUGGCAGACCAGGGGUCCUCCUGAGAUUGUAUUAUUUGAUCCUGAUGGAAGAAAAUACUACACAAAUAAUUUUAUCACCAAUCUAGCUUUACAGACUGCUCGCCUUUGGAUUCCAGGAACUGCUAAGCCUGGGCACUGGACUUACACACUGAACAAUACCCACCAUUAUCUUCAAGCCUUAAAAGUGACCGUGACCUCUCGUGCCUCUAACUCAGCAGUGCCCCCAGCCACUGUUGAAACCUUUGUGGAAAGAGACAGCACCCACUUUCCCCAUCCAGUGAUGAUUUAUGCAAAUGUUAGAAAGGGGUUUUAUCCCAUUCUUAAUGCCACUGUGACUGCUACAAUUGAACCAGAGACUGGAGAUCCUGUUACACUGAGACUUUUUGAUGAUGGAGCAGGUGCUGAUGUUAUAAAAAAUGAUGGAAUUUACUCGAGGUAUUUUUUCUCCUUUGCUGUAAAUGGUAGAUAUAGCUUGAAAGUGCAUGUCUAUCACUCUCCCAGCAUAAGCACCCUAGCCCACUCUAUUCCAGGGAGUCAUGCUAUGUAUGUACCAGGUUACAUAACAAACGGUAAUAUUCAGAUGAAUGCCCCAAGGAAAUCCAAGGUUAAUAUUGAGGAGGAAGAAAAGUGGGGCUUUAGCCGAAUAAGCUCCGGGGGCUCCUUUUCAGUGCUGGGAGUUCCAGCAGAACCCCAUUCUGAUGUGUUUCCACCAUGCAAAAUUAUUGACCUUGAAGCUGUGCAAGUGGAGGAGGAGGUGACUCUGUCUUGGACAGCACCUGGUGAAAACUUCGAUCAGGGCCAGGCUACAAGCUAUGAAAUAAGAAUGAGUAAAAGUCUGCAGAAGAUUCAAGAUGACUUUAACAAUGCCAUUUUAGUGAACACAUCAAAGCUGAACCCUCAGCAAGCUGGUACCAGGGAGAUAUUUUCAUUCUCACCAAGGCUUUUCACAAAUGAACCCUCUGAGCAUCAACCUGAUGGAAAGACACAAGAAAAUCACAGAAUUUAUGUGGCAAUACGAGCAGUGGAUAGAAACUCCUUAAAGUCUGCUGUAUCUAACAUUGCCCAGACCUCUUUGUUUCCUCUCCCCAAUUCUGUUCCUGUGCAUGCCAGAGAUUAUCUUAUACUGAAAGGAGUUUUAACAGCAAUGAGUUUGCUAGGAAUUAUUUGUCUUACUAUAGUUGUGACACAUUGUACUUUAAAUAGGAAAAAGAGAGCAGAUAAGAAAGAGAAUGGAACAAAAGUACUGUAAACAAAUGUGCUGAGCACCUGACUUCUUAGAAAUAAG